GGAGCGCGUCUUGUGUACGCAUGAAAGGCUUACGCGCACUCUCUCGCGCUCGCGUGUGCGUGCGUGCGUGAUCGCGGCCGCGCGAGUGUGUAGCAGCAUGAAGCAGUAGGUUGAAAAUGGCCGUGUACGCGCACGGGUCUGCCGCAGAGAUUACUGAUACCCACGAGAGAUAACUCCCGUGCGGGUCGCGACGGAACGCAGUCGCACGCGCGCGUGUGUAAAUAGUGCGUCGCUCCGUCCCUCUCUUCUCUCCACCUUUCUCCCAUCAACAGCUACCGCGAAACGAUCCGCACAGCGUCGACCAGAUAGCGGCUACAUCGGGCUACAUUCCGGUGGAUUUCACAGAAGGGAAAGAGGGGGCGGUCGUCGUGUCCAGGAUUCCAAGGGGGACUAGGUCGACCUGUCGCCGAACACGCAGAACUUGAUCCGACAUUCCCCGUGCAUCUAAUUAUUGGGAGAUUGUCAGCGAUGGAUCGCACUUUUCUUAUCAGUGCCCAUGGUAGUUCGAGCACAACGAUAAUUGAUUAGGAAGUACGACUUGAAGUUUACAAAGAUGCGGGAGUGGUGCGGCACCGUCCCCUGGUGUCCAGCAGGGAUCUAGAGAGAGUAACACCUGCGCUUGAAGAACUUAUCUUAAUAUAAUGUUAAAAUAAUGCGGACUAUGUGACAUUGUUUUAAACGUACCAUACAUCGCAGUGCUGAGAAAAAUGGUUACUGAGCUCUUUUGAGCGCUUUAACUAAAGUUAUUUUUUAAUAACGCGAUUGUUAAUAGUUACACAUUUUGUACAACUCGACGUUGUGUGUUGUUGAGGGUUUUUUCAGUGUGUUCAAAUUGUAAUAAUAGUUCAGUUUUUGAGUGUGUACACGCAUCUCGAGAUAUACACAACUACCAAAAUGUCGUUCCUAUCGAAUCUGAAAAAGGCCUUCCACUUCGGUGGUAACGACGCGAAGAAGAAGAAAUUGUACAAUAAUAUCAAGAUGGACUGUAAUCCGGAAGAGUUUUGGGAAAUGAUUGGUGAAUUGGGAGACGGUGCAUUUGGCAAAGUUUAUAAGGCACAACACAAACAGUCCAACUAUCUCGCUGCUGCGAAAAUGUGUGCAUUGGAAGGAGAGGACGAUCUUAGCGAUUUUAUGAUCGAAAUAGAUAUUUUGUCGGAAUGUAAACACCCCAAUAUCGUUGAGUUGCACGAAGCUUAUUUCAUUGAGGGAAAAUUAUGGAUGUUAAUUGAGUAUUGUGAUGGCGGUGCUGUGGAUUCCAUAAUGGUCGAAUUGGAAAAAGCACUAACAGAAAUGCAAAUAGCAUACAUCUGCCAGUAUAUGACUAAAGGUCUUGCCUUCCUACACAAAUCUAAAGUCGUGCACAGGGAUUUGAAGGCCGGAAAUGUUCUACUGACUAUGGCAGGCGGUGUUAAAAUAGCUGACUUUGGUGUAUCCGCAAAGAACAAGCAUACUUUGCAAAAACAUGACACGUUUAUUGGAACGCCUUACUGGAUGGCACCCGAAGUUGUCUUAUGCGAAACAUUUAGGGAUAAUCCUUACGAUUUUAAAGUGGAUAUUUGGUCUCUUGGUAUAACUCUUAUAGAGUUUGCACAAAUGGAACCACCGAACCAUGAAAUGUCGCCGAUGCGAGUGCUACUUAAAAUACAGAAAGGCGAUCCGCCGAAACUGGAUCAGCCCGGGAAAUGGAGUAAGGAAUUUAAUGAUUUUAUUGCUAAAGCACUUAUAAAGGACCCGACCUCACGACCCACCGCUGACGAUUUGUUAAAACAUCCGUUUAUAAGCCGAAAUUUAGAUCCAAAGCCUGUCAGGGACUUGUUACUCGAAUAUAAGGCGGAUGUUGUCGAAGAAGAACUGGUAGAUGAGGAAGCGGAGAAGGCGAAAAAAACGAAAAAACACAGAGAACAAUAUCAGCGAAUUGGCGGUUCUCCUGGCCCUCGCCAGUCUCAUUAUCCCAAUGCGCGUCAGGAUCAACGCACAUCUCAGCUUCCUCUGGAGCUGGAUCAAAUCACAGAUGACUCCGCUCCUACGCGUCUUGAUGCUGACGUUAAGAUCCCUGAAAAAGAAAAUCUCGUGGCAUUACCCGCGUCUGUGAAGAAAGAGGAGAGUCACAAGCGCGAAAUCAAUCGGGAUGGCGAAAAAGAGGAUAAGAAUAAGAGAUUACGUAAGGCCGAAUCCAAAGAGAACAUACAGCCUCCUGAGAAGAAGCAGGCACCUAAGCCACCAAGUGAAACAAAUGAGCGCAGAUUAUCUCGCGAUAAAGGACCAGCACCUCCUCCACCACCCAUGCGUCAGGAUAGUGAAGAAAAGAAGAGGAAAGAUGAGGAGAGAGAAAACAUUCCCAAAACCGUUGAGAAAGUCGGGAACCUUACAGAUAAACAAAAGUCUACAGAAGACAAACUACAUAUCAAUAAGUUGUCCCAAAAUGAAAAAAUGGCGGAUCAACAGGUGACAAAUGUUAAACAGCAGAAUAAUUUCGAAAUUGAGAAUCAGACACAAAAUGAAGUGGACAAUUCUGAGAAGACGAAAAAAGUAGAAAGCGAGGGUAAUGGUAAAUUAUUUGAUAAUAUAAAAAGAUUCGAAAGUCAGCAAAAGUUGAUAAACAAUAAAUCGAGUUCGGUUUCGAAGAAGCAAUUGGGGCUAAAUGAAAAACGCAAGUCGGCACCUGUGAAGCCGGAAAUGAUCGAAGAUUUGUCCAAGAUAAUAUAUAAGCAAUCAUCUUUUGAAGAUAAGAACAGAAUGAAAAACAAGCUGUCGUCUGUUGAUGACGUAACGAAUUGCAAUGAGUUGCAAUCUCGGGAGAAGGAGGUUUAUAAGAGUUUGGAAGAAAAGCGGAAAUUCGUUGGCGAGAAACUGAAUGCCGUAUUGGAAAAACGAUUAUCCAUGGAUCCUAAGAAAAGAAUAAGCGAUGGUUCUACGGAAACAACGAAGCACGUAUCCGUUGCGUCGACGCUUCUAACGGAAAAAAAUAAUGUUAAGGCUAGUUCUACGGAAGAUAUUAAGACACAGUUUAACGUAGCAAAGACUGAGAGUUCUGCGAAAAGUCGCAGCGUAGGAUCGUCCAGAAAUGAUUCUCUGGAAAGCUUCUCAGAUGAAUUACGCGCUAAAAUAGAUGGUAAUAAAACUGACUACAUCCAAGAGAACGCGACGAUCGAUGACAAAGGCUUAGAGAAACAAGAUUCGGGAGUUAACGUGUCGGUGAUUACAUCAACGCCGAUCAGAAGCAGAAGUGACUCAAGGAGAAACAGUGGUGACAACAUAGUCGUUAUUACUGGAAAAGCUCAACCUGAGCAAGAAGUACGCUUAAAUACAUCGACCGUCCAUAUUACUGCCGACUCGCCGGAUUUGUCGAACAGUCUGGCGAGUAAUAUAAGCCAAGUAACCGUCGUGACGACACAUCCACCCGUAUUGGUGGACGCACCCUCGGCGAUGUCGGCCACGACGCCUCUUCCACGUCGCACCUCACCAACGUCGGAAGUUGUAAUUGUCGCCAACGAAAUGAACAAGACUCAGGUGAACGACAAUUCUGUCGAUGACGACGCGUUUCCUAGUCUGGACAGUCUAGAAUACACGCCGCAGGAGCAACCUAUCGUACUUACUGAUGUGUCUAAGAGAAUCGGCAAAAAGUUAGAUGAGUCGGAGGUGGUCAUAGUAAGCCCCAUCGUGGACGAAUUGCAGGACACCAGUCACGUUUCGGUAGUCACUGUCGGCGAGGAUAAGGAACAGGUGAAGGACUCGUCGAUCUCCAAGAAGCACAACGUCAUUCGUACUGGUUCGUCUCACAGCGAUCUGAGUUCGAAUGAAAGAUUAAGCUUGAGGAGCGAUAGCGGAGACGAGAGUGGUAAGAUAAUAGUCGCCAGUACGACCAUCGAGUCUCCGGACAUAGAUGAUUACGAGAGAAACGCGAAAAAACUGAACGGAUUGAUUAAGAAUGAGAUGCCGCAUCACACCGAUGACAAAAUCGUAAAGACAGUCAAACCGAAAGAAGUCAAUGUUAAAAGUUUUGGUAAGGAGAAACGAGUUUCUCCGGACAGCUUCGAGGGUUCUAGGUCUCAAAGCGAUUCCAGUUCUAUAAGAUCGCAUACGCCGAGCAAGAGCAUUGAUCGUUCCGAUGCCGAAUCCAUUUCGACGACGAUUAGUCAGGACAGUAGGGAAUCGAACAAAGAAAAUCGUUUGAAUCAACCUCAGCAUACCGAGGUCGAUGAGGAAGUUGUCCUACGUCGAAAACCUGAUUACAAUCGCGAAAUAUCAUCUCGGCCGACUAGAACGAAGGAAGACAUACAAAUGAUGAAUUUGAAGAAAAAGACGAGAAAGCGCACGAGAAAGUUCGAGAUUGACGGUGUCAUGAUGACGACGACGACCUCGAAAGUGAUAUACGGCGACGACGAGAAUGGCAAGGUGUAUGACGAUCAGAUAUUCAGGAAGCAAGAGCUGCGGGAGUUAAAGAUGCUGCAGAAAAUGGAGCAAAAACAGUAUCAGGACCUGUCUCAGAAAGCUCAAUUUAACAAGGACCAGCAAGAGAAGCGAUUCGAGCAAGAAAGACAAAUCUUGGAACGAAGCGCUGAAGCCGACUUAGAGGCACUCGCCCGGCAACAAAGACAGCAAAUCGAGCGUGCCGAAGCACAGCAGGAGGUCGACCUGCGGCUGUCAUCCAAGAAGAUCCGGAGCGAGCAGGAGAGAGAGCUCAAGCAGUUCCGAGAAGGCCUGAAACAAGAAUUAAGAUUGCUCAAGCAAGAAAUAGACUUGAUGCCAAAGGACAAGCGGAAGAGCGCAUUUAAAAUACGUAAGGAGAAGCUCGAGGCAGAGCACGAGGAACGGGAGAAGCUCUUCUUGGAGAAGCUCAACGAGAGCCACGAGAUGUCGCUAAGACGACUGUCGGAUAGUCAUCGUGAGAAAAUCGCGCUGAUGGAGCGGCAAUUCCUGCAACAGAAACAGCAACUGAUGCGUGGCAGGGAGGCGGCUAUCUGGGAGCAAGAGGAGCGACAAAUACACGAACGGCAGCAGCUGCUGAAGAAACAACUCAAGGACAUCUUUUUCCUGCAAAGACACCAAAUGCUCAUACGGCACGAAAAGGAGCUAGAACAGAUGAAGAGGAUGAAUCAGCGAAAGGAGGAGGAGCUGAUCAAGCGUCAGACGGUGGAGCGUAGAAACCUGCCGAAGAGAAUUCGCAACGAAAUGAAAGCGCGUGAAAUGAUGUUCCGGGAAUCGAUGAGGAUCUCGAUGUCAUCCGUGCUCGCGCCAGACCCCGAUGCUGAGCGAGAGAAGCUGAAGAAGUUUCAAGAGAACGAGAAGAAGAGGUAUCGGGCAGAACAGCAGAGAUUUGAAUUGAAGCAUUCCAGGCAGCUCGAGGAAGUGAGGGCCCAGAGCGACGCCACGAUCAAGGAAUUGGAGCAAUUGCAGAACGAGAAGCGAAAGAUGCUGAUGGAGCAUGAAACUCUGAAGCUCAAAGAGCAGGAAGAGGCCUAUGGGAGGGAGAUUCGCGAGUGGAAGGCACAGCUUAAGCCGCGAAAGCAGAAACUUGAGGAACAGUUUGCGUUACAAUUGGAGGAGCAGGAAGCGAUUUAUGGACCUAGCGCGAUACCAUUGUGCCUGCCGGCUGAUCUUCCUGACCUGACACACCAUACGACUGAGUCUACACGUAGCUCGUUAUCUUCUGUAAGCGAAGGAUAAGGACGUUCGAGGAUACGAAAGAAACUUUAUGUAUAAUUUGCUUAUGUAUAAUUCGCGUAAUUUUGUGCCCGAACGUCUUUAACUGAUGAAACGCGUGGGACAGUCUUUGGUGCGUCGUCUUCGCGAUAUUAAUCGUCGCUACUAUUUAGUGUACAUAUCGCGAUAAUUUGUUUCGGAACUGAAUAUUAAAUAAUUUUCUACGUGCGCGACUGUUGUUUGUUUGUAUGUAUGUAUGUAUGAAUAAUUGAGCCACCGAGAAAAACGGCGAUAACGUCUUUCGAAAUUUUUACACGUUUCGCUUUUGUGAUUCUCGAAUAAUAAUAACGUUGAGAUCAGUGUCGCAUGGCACCCUCAAAUACGCUCAAAAAGAAAAUAAUUUAAUUUAAUUUUAAGAUAUUAAAAUGUUUUUUUCUAUCUCCAUUUUUUAAAUACUUAAAAAUGUUUUAAUCUUAAACGGUAUUUAAAUUUUUUAAAUACUAAAAUGUUUAAAAGAGUUUAUUUGGGACCAUGUACGUGUUUGUCUGUCACAAAAAAUUAUUUCUGCAGGAUUGAUGAUGCAAUCAUUAAAUUUUGUAUUAUUAGAUCUUUGAAUCUACUUUCAUAUUUUUGAAAGCUUUAAUUUAGUGAGGAGUAAUCGUAUCGCACCCUCUGCUUUGAACCCCAACAAUUUGAAACCCAACAAUACGAAGAAGAACACUAAAAUGUUUAAAUCUGAAAUUUUCAACAGCUUUAAACUUUUAGUAUUUUAAAUCUAUAAACUCUUUAAAAUUAAAUUAUUUUUAAGUAUUUAAAAACCGGAGAGAUAGAAAUAAAACAUUUUAACAUCUUUAAAAUUAAACACUUCUUUUUUGAGUGUAAAGUACCAUUCAAUUAUAAAUUAUUGAAAUCAAGAGCAUUGAUCUUUGACGACAAAGUAAGAGCUUUUGAAUUUGAGAGAGAAUAUUUCGCGAAUUAUUAUUGCGGUAACUAGUUCACGAUUAAAAAUAUUGUCUAAAAUGUACAGAUUGUUAUAUAAUUUAUAUAUUGCGAUAAUCAAUGACGUAUUGAUAAACUGAAAUUAUUCCGCCCAUGUCUAAUUUUUGAAUCUUAUUACAAUGCUAAUUAUGAAAAAUAAAAAUAAAACGAACCUUUGGUGCGCAAUAUAUACAUAUACAUAUAUAGCAUAAAAAAGUUAACUCCGUUAACGUGACGGUGCAAUUGGUAAUAACUUUGAGGGUGGAUAACUGUUGUGUAUGUUUAUAGAGAGAAUAUGUAAUGAUAUUAUGAUUAUCUAGGGUGUUCCGUAACAACACUUAAAGGUAGACAUCCGAGAUUAUUUUAAAAUGAAAAUUCUGAUAUACUAAAAGAAAUACUGAAAUUACAAUAGUUUUAAAUAAGAAGAGUUUAAAGUUGACAAAACUGAACGCAUGCAUUUUGGACAGUUUAAUUUGUCAACUUUAAACAUUUCUUAUUCAAAUAUUAUUGCAGUCUUACCAUUUUAGUAUGAGGAUUUUUGUCUCAAAAUGAUCUGCCUAUCCUUAAACGUUGUUAUGGUCUUUAUGGAUGCCCUGUGUAUGUUACUGUAAAUUCGAUUAAUUUGGUAACUAUGCUUAAUUAGUGGUAAUUAUACAUUAUUACCAAUGAUUUUGAUAAAUUUAUUAAAUUUAAUAAAUUUAACAAAUUAAAUAAAAAUCAUAAAAAUAUGUUAAAUUUACCAAAAUUAUUGGUAAUUACGUAUAAUAGUCUGCAAUUAACAAUGAUUUUGAUAAAUUUAAUAAGUUUUUAUGAUUUUUAUUCAAUUUAUCGUAUUUAAUUCACUAAGUUUGUCAAAUCAUGUAGUAAUUAUAAUUAUCAGUUAUGCAUAAUUGCCACAUUAAUCAAAUUUACGGUGACGUAUACAAUUCACACAAGCACGGAAUGUAUAUUUUCUAUAUUUUAAAAAAAUAUAUCAUAUCAAUUCACGAUCGAACUCUUCUUGUAGGAGGGGUGUAUAGGAAAUUUGUAAUGUUUAUUAUGUGUAAUUAUACAAUGGCUGUAGCGACAAAAUGAUGCAAAUCUUCAGAUUUAUUUUAAACGAUCACGAUCUUGAGGUAUUAUAUACAUAGAAUCGCUUUGAAUGUACAUGGUAAAAAGUUCAUAUAAUAAUGUUAAGCUGUAGUCACCAUAUUCGGUUGUAGUUACGUUAUUUAUAACAGAAAGAUUUAUAGCAGCAACGCGAGUAUUCUACUUUAGAUGAAUAUUUUAGAGAAUACCCGGUAAACUCGGAUUACUUUGUUCCUUGGAUCGUUUUCGAUUUUUUUCUCCGAUAUAGAAAACAUGCUGAUAUAUAUGCUUGAAAUCACAAAUUACUUAAAAUUGUACAAUGCGCGAUAACGCUUAUUAUAUUCCCAUAUUUAACGCGAUUGCGUGAUAUGUUAUCUAUUUUAAUCUUCGGUUGCUUAAUUUCUAUACGUAGCGUAGACGCAUAUUUAAAUAUAUUCUUUGCAAGUGAUACACACCGUUUACAUGAUAAAGCUAAAAAAAAAAAGAAAGCCGCUUUCCGUGUAAAACACUUUGCACUGAUAAGGAAUACGUUGCUACUUACGGAUAGGACAUGAUAAUUAUAUACGUGAUUAUAUUAUGAGAAACAAAGUAAUCUAGUUUUACAUUGUACUAAAAAUCAAAGGAUAACACCAAAUAUAUAUACAUUGUACGUUUGCGUGGCUGUGUGGCCUGAUGACGUCCUAGAGAAUCUCUCUUAUGAUACGAAUGCAUACUUAAAACGAGCAUGCGUGGCUAAUGCAAACUGUAGAUAAAGGGUACUUGUAAAAAGAAAACACCUCUUUUAUUGUAAAUUAAUCUCACUGCGAAGUUGAUUAGUCCCUUUACUUUAAUAUAUGUAUAUGGAAUGUCUGAGAUUCACCGAAUUCUCUUAUUAGAGUUUUUGCGUGUGUUUGUUUUCAAAUCUAUUUGACUUUAAGAAAAAAGAAAAAUUAAUAGGUCAAUGAAAUCUUGUACGAAGAUGUAUGGCCGAAAGAAAAUGCGGCCCAGACGAGACAUCCUGUGUGUAUGUAUAUAUAUACACACAUACACUUACACACACACACACACACACACACAUUUAUAAUUAUUCGGAGAGUUUUGUGUACAUAGAAUUCUGAUAAAUUGUUUAAAUGUUAAGGAACUGUAAUCUAGUAUGAAUAUUAUGUUACAAUGAUUCUCAUUGAGAAGCAUAUUUCUUUCCUUCUUCAAUAAAAGUACCGUGCAUAUCUCUUUUAUGUCAUGACAAGAUUAAUUUUGUAGAACAGUUACAUAUCGUAUAUUAUUUCGACGUCACCGUCUAUCAUUAAAUAAUGACUUUAUCAAUAUUACAAAACCAUCGAUGUUAUGUGAGAGUGACACGAAUAUGAAUGUAAAUUAUUCAUUAUGUUAAUUUACUUGUAAGUAUUUGUUGAAAAUACAUGAAUUUUGAAAGCGUGA